AUGGUUUCAACAGGCUUAGGUCUUGUUCAAAAACCCAUCUCUUCCCUCUCGACGCAAUGGGCAUAUAUCGCCGACACCUACUCUCCAGAGACCAUUGAAUUUGUCGGUACAUUUUCCACACAUUUCGUCGCAUACUGGCUAGUCUCCCUGGUCUUCACAAUCACCGACCUCAUUCCAGCAGCUCAAAAAUACAAAUUGCAAUCCCUUUCCAAACAACCGUCUGGGAAAGUCCUCAUAAAAUGCUUUUUCGGUGCGCUAGGGAACCAGAUUCUCACAUCAACGCUUCACUUUCUGCAACUCUUUGUUCUCAGGCGCCUCUUGCAUAUCAGAGCCGUAUAUAGGAUUGAAUCUUACCUCCCAUCCGUCCCGGAAAUUCUCGCCUCCACCUUCUUUUGUGCGCUUGGAAGAGAAAUAGUAUUUUAUUAUGGCCACCGGCUACUUCAUCACCGGCUUAUUUUCCGGUACUUCCACAAACAACACCAUCAAUUCACUACACCUGUCGCCCUGGCGAGCGAAUACUGUCAUCCAGUUGAGCAUAUAAUGUCUAACAUCCUUCCCAUAAUCAUUCCGCCAACACUAUUACGCGUGCACAUCGUGACAUUCUGGCUCUUUAUUACUGGAGCUAUAAUGCAAGCCUCCAUUGCGCAUAGUGGAUACGACCUGGGGAGUAUCUUUGGGUGGAAGCCCGAGAUACAUGAUUACCAUCAUUCAAUGUUUAACGUCAAUUAUGGGCUUCUGGGUCUGAUGGAUAGCUUGCAUGGCACAAGAUAUACGGGCAAGCAGAAGCAGUCUUAG